AUGAAAAAGGGGAUGUCACGAACUGCAGGCAGGCACACCCCCCGUCGCCAAGCGGGAAAAGUCUCCGACCAGACGGGCCAUGAUCCAUCAUUCGGUUUCAUGCCACAGGUCCACAACAAGUUGGUGAGCGACACAACCAGAAGCCUGCGUCUCACCGUCGAGACGGGCAACGUAUACUCCGUACCAGCCCCUCUGUGGUUGUCCUGUCGUCCGGCGCAGCGUCUACAACCUCCCUUGCCUCUUGAAUCCGAGAGAAACAAAACGUACUACGGAGUGCCUCCAGCUUCUAGACCUCUUCUCCAAACUCCCCGACACGCCCAUCACCCCAGUCACAGACCAUGUCAUCCAUCACCCUUGGCAUUCCUCUUCUCACACCAGACAUUGUUACCGCACAUCCAAGAGUACCUGCACUCGCACCUCCCCAUCUUGUACCCUUUUGCCUUGCCCGGUCCAACCCCGAAUCCGCAUCUCGACCAUGGCUGGAGCGACACUCACACCCUGGCUGGGGUCAGUUUCACGACAGAUGACAUCUCCACCAUGCAACGAACCCGUGGACCAGGCUCGUCGGCCUGGUGCAAAGACAAAAACCCUGCCGGCUCUUGCUACCGCGUGUGUCUCUGCCCUCUGUUUCAGGUUCCCAGCCAGAAGAGGUACGCUGUGCCUCUUGACGCCUCACUCCAUUUCCUAUUCAUGCUUUGGCACCCCGUUGUUCCGCCUGGUGACACGGAAGGACCUGGCCAGACGUGA